CUACAAGAUCAUCUGAGGGAUCUGUCUGAAUCAAGAUGCUGCUGAUCAUUGAAGCUCUUCUUCUCAUUUCAGCUGCUCUAGGAAAGGAUCACAGAGCUGCUACUGAAGAAGAGAUAGUUCCUUUGGAUAUGGCACUGAAUUCAGUUGAUGACUACUACGAGGGUUGUAGAGAGAAAAUGGCAGACCUGGUGCAAAAUGAAUAUCUGGAGAAGGAACUCAAAAACUCAAAUAUUUUUGAAGAGGCUUUUAAAGAGGGUAACAACAAAUUCUACAGGAGUUGGUUUGGAAAAUUAAGAAAAAUACAUAAAAUUGCUAUCUAUGCGUACACUUUUAAUAAACCUGGGUUGAUUAAUUUAAAUAUACAUGUUAAGUUUAAUAAUGACACUCGUUAUGACAAACAAAACUAUCCAGUCAUGAAAUACGAAUGGUAUUCACUUCACUUUCUGUUAACAGAAGCGAUACAGAUUCUGAAGAAAACACAAAAUAGAUGCUUUAAAACUUUUCGUGGUACGGAUGUUGCAUUUGAUAAGGAUGUUCUGAACAUAGAGGUUCGUUUUGGCUCAUUUACAUCCUCCUCUCUUGAUCCUAAUAAAGCAAAUAAAUUUGGAACUUUAUCUUGUUUUGAAAUCCACACUUGUGAAGGUGCUGAUAUUUCAAACUAUUCUAUGCUUCCUCAUGAGAAAGAGGUGUUGAUUCCUCCGUAUGAGAAGUUCAUUGUUACUGCUAUCAGGACAAGAAAAUAUAAGAAAAUUGGCGAGUGUAAGACUGUGUUUUGUGAAACUGUGUUCAUGUUGAAAAGCUCAGGAAUAAUAAGUUACCUGAACUGUGCUCUUUUCAAGAAACCAACCAAGACCAUAACAAAGUACUAUGGUUUGCUCUGAACAAAGCGCUUUGAAUUUAUGUGAUAAAAUCAUGUACACCAGUUUAGGACCAAACAAUAUUAUAAAUAUCUUUGGUGUGACACUGCAAAAUCUCUUUAUUAUUGUAUCAAUUUAAACAUCAUUUUGUUAUGUUGUUAACCUGUCGAAACCACAUGU